GAUGUGGGAACAGCUCUUCUCCCAGAUGUAAAUAGAACAGCCUGCACAACCUGGAUUUUUUAAAAAUAGGAUACUGAGCCAUUUGCUGCAUUUCUUUUUAUAUUAAAUAUGUGGGGCCUAGUGGGAGUUUUUGGGGCCAUGAGGACAGAUCCCUAAAGAAUGGCUUGGUGCCAUCCCAUGGUGAAGGAGACGUUGACUCACUAUGUGGACUAGACAGGACUUGAAGUCCUGGGCUCAAGUGAUCCUCCCGCCUCAACCUCCUAAGUAGCUGGGACUUCAGCUUCCCGCCACCUUCCCCACGUUGCUUUUUUUCUUUUUCUUUCUUUCUUUCUUUCUUUUUUUUUUUGGGACCGAGUCUCGCUUUGUCGCCCAGGCUGGAGUGCAGUGGCGCUAUUUCGGCUCAGGGCAAGCUCCGCCUCUGCGUUCAUGCCAUUCUCCUGCUUCAGCCACGGGAUAGCUGGGACUACAGGUCCAGAACUGCAAGCCGGUAGUAGGGGUGGCCGGCUAGGCUGUGGGGAGCAUGGAGAUUUAUCAGCAAAGGACGACCUGGACAAAUGUGCCCACACAUCCUCUCAGGCGAGUAGAAUCGACGGGAGAGAGAGGCCGACCCGUGUUCCCCGUGUUGCUGUGUACGGAGGAGCGGGUCCGAGGGACCUAGGUGUGGACAGGGACAGGCAAGGCGGGAGACGAGGAGAAACGAAAGCCACAUCGGUGGCGGGUGCUCUGCACACAACUCGCUGGCUACCGCACGCUCCCCGCUUCGCACUCAGCCGAUCCGGGGACAGGAGCAGGAGGGCUGCACCGGGACUCCGGGACAGGACCAGCUGAAAACGGCGGGGCGAGGGGUGGGGUGGAGACGCCCGCGACGCCAAGGCUGGGGUCCCGGAACGUGCGGGGAGGAGGGUGGAAGGCAAAGGCAACUUCGGGGAAACUGGGAAAGGCGGCCAGGACCUCGGGGACACCGCAUACCGCCGAGCGCACAGCCCCUCACGCGCGAAGGGACGCCAGAAGGGCGGUCCCGCGGCGCGCCGGGAGUGGAGCUCAGGGGUUGGUGCCCCCGGCCCUUCUGCUGCGCACAGCCCAGCCCAGGACCGCUGGCGGCUCGAACCCAGCGGGGCGGGUGCAAGCGCGGGGCAGGGCCUCUGCGCCCGGCCCCCUCCCUUGAGUAGGAAAGCAGCCGCAGGCUGAGGCGCUCCACCUCGCCGUUCACGUGCGCCUUGCAGUCUCUCCAUUUAUCGCUUGAGAUCUCCAGCCUUACCGCGGCUCGAAAUGGACCCCAACUGCUCCUGCACCACUGGUGGCUCCUGCAAGUGCAAAGAGUGCAAAUGCACCUCCUGCAAGAAGAGCUGCUGCUCCUGCUGCCCCGUGGGCUGUGCCAAGUGUGCCCAGGGAUGUGUCUGCAAAGGGACGUCGGAGAAGUGCAGCUGCUGUGCCUGAUGUGGGAACAGUUCUUCUGCCAGAUGUUAAUAGAACAACCUGCACAACCCGGAUUUUUU